AUGUCUAGUCAUAUCCAGUCGUCCAACGUGGUGGGCGUUCACUACCGCGUGGGAAAGAAGAUCGGUGAGGGUUCAUUUGGUGUUAUUUUCGAAGGAACCAAUCUUCUCAACAACCAACAAGUGGCUAUUAAAUUUGAACCUCGUAAAUCAGAUGCUCCUCAACUUCGUGAUGAAUACAGAACCUACAAAAUUCUCGUUGGCUGUUUGGGAAUGCCCAAUGUCUACUACUUUGGCCAAGAAGGACUCCACAAUAUUCUUGUUAUUGAUUUGUUGGGGCCAUCUUUGGAAGAUUUGUUCGACUGGUGUGGCCGUAGAUUCACUCUAAAAACUGUUGUCAUGGUUGCUAAGCAAAUGAUUUCCAGAGUGCAAACUAUUCAUGAGAAGAACCUCAUCUAUAGAGACAUCAAGCCAGACAACUUUCUGAUUGGUAAACCAGGUACAAAAAACGCCAAUUUGGUGUAUGUGGUUGAUUUCGGCAUGGCUAAACAAUACCGUGACCCCAAGACAAAACAGCAUAUCCCUUAUAGAGAGCGCAAAUCCUUGUCUGGUACUGCCAGAUACAUGUCCAUCAACACCCAUUUAGGUCGAGAACAGAGUCGUCGUGAUGAUUUAGAAGCUCUUGGUCAUGUGUUUAUGUACUUUUUGCGAGGUGGUCUGCCAUGGCAAGGACUCAAGGCCGCUACUAAUAAACAAAAAUACGAGAAAAUCGGUGAGAAGAAGCAAACCACCCAAAUCCGCGACUUGUGUGAAGGAUUCCCAGAACAACUUGAGCAAUAUUUGACAUACGUGCGUAACCUUGGUUUCGAAGAGACGCCUGAUUAUGACUAUUUGCGAGACUUGUUUACUCAAGCAUUGAAGAGCACUGGUGAAGUUGAGGAUGGCGAGUAUGACUGGAUGAAGCUCAAUGGUGGAAAAGGCUGGGAUUCGGCCACUAACAAAAAGCCCAAUUUGCAUGGAUACGGUCACCCCUACCCACCAGGUCACAACUCUAGCAAUGCCAAUAACAAUGCCAAUGCUACUGCUAAUAACAGACAUUCUCAAGUCCACCUGUCAUCAUCUAGAUUGAACGCAGCUCAACCACCUCCUCCACCGCCAAAUGCUGCACUUAUCCGCCAUGCAUCCAAAUCCAGACGUAAUACUCGACAGAGCACCCCUGGCCAGUUACAGCAAGCUACCACGGCUGCUCAACAACAAUUACAGGCUCAACAACAGGCUCUUGCUGGUCAGAGAUUAUCCAAGUCUGGUGCCGCCCUAGGAGUGCCUGCUAAUGGUACUGGUGGCAGUAUUGGAGGAUCCAACGUAGCUCAGUACCAGAACAACUCGUCACAAAUUCUUAGCAGCAACCAGUACGCACAACAAGGAUAUCAAUCGACCAACCAACAACUGCAACAACAAUCAAACCUUGGUUCGCACCAGUACGGUCACGAUUACCAGAAUCAGCAACAACAGCAACAACAGCAAGGUACCGAGGAAAACAAGGGCUUCUGGGCCAAGAUCGGGGCUUUCUGCUGUGGCUAA